AUGUCAGUCAAAGAAGUCAACACCAGCUUUUUUCAGCUUCUAAAGCACAAUGGACCGCUUUAUCUGACUUUAAUUGGAAACACCGCACACCUCCAUAUCGCUGAAAAACAACCUAGCCUUGAUGAUGCGACAGAAGAGAACAAAGAGCUGGAACUUCAUUUACUCAAGGCUCAUUUCAAGAAAAUGAAAGAAGAUUAUAAACUGAAACAAGCGAAAUUAAUCAAGAAGAUGAAUCAAAAUCAAGCUCUUUCCGCGGAGGAAGAAGAAUGGCUUGAUGGCCAAGGAAAUCUUAUUGACGAACAGUUGUUGAUUGAGAAAAUCAAAGCUCUUUCCAACAAAUCAACCCUAGCUCUCACGAAUGACGAUGCAAGAAGCUUGAAGCAUAUUUUUGAAUUUGUCUCAGAAUCAGGCGGAAAGACUAGCCAAACAAACAACACAAACGAUAAGAAGAAAAUAACAUCCAAUGGUCCUGUUGCGAAUGUAAAGAAGACUUCUGAUCCACUGGCAAAGGAUACAAAGCAGACGCUUUCCAAUACUCUGACCGUGAAUGAAAAGAAAAAAAAACCUACCAAUGAUCCUAAAGCAAACAACUCAAAAUCAAACUACCACAUGCCCCUUCUUGACCACCAUCUCUCCCCGCCUCGCCAUUCGCCCUCCGAGAUCGACCAUCAUCAGCUCGACCCCCUCGCCCGCCACAAAUUCCGCCGGACAAUGAGCAACAGCCGGCUCAAACGCGAGCGCUUCUCCGCCCACGACAAGGGCCCGGCGACCGUCCCAGACAAUGAUGUCUUUGAUGAUGAUGACGACAAUGAGGAGGAGGAGGAGCACGGGUAUCUGCGCCCGAGCAAUGCUCGCGCCAUGGAGACCACCAGGUACCAGACGGAUGGCGGCAGUGGUGGCGACAAGGCGGGGGCGGAGUUCUCAACAGCAGCCCAAGACGCGCCGGCCGAGCUUGUCGACACCCUCCAAUUCACCUCGAUUGUCUUGUCGAUCCCGGGGAGCAGUCUGACGAGCCCGCCGGUGCACGAUGGGUCGUCGAAAUCGUGCUUUGGCCCGCAGAUCUCACUGGUGGCUGCAGCCACUGCGGCGGCGACGGCCUUAUUUCUUUUGUUUUCCUCUGGACUUUCUUGA